AUGGACAAAGCUAGUAAACUUCACCUUUUACAUGUUCAAGGAUGUGAUUAUUACUUUGAGUCGCUUAAGCUACCAGCUACCGAGAAGAAGAGAAUGCAAUUAUCCGACAUAUUUGAUUUGUCCUUUGGAGCGAUGUACGAUGUUAUCUGCCAGCCUCCGUAUUCCGAUCUGUGGGCGAACUAUACGGAACAAGAGCAGGAAUUGAUCGUUAAGUGGGAAAUACAGGCUAAAUGGCAGUCUUGGAUUACGCAGAUAGAGUGGGAGAAUGGUGACUCUCAGCGACAUAUCGAAAGUUCACAGUGUGGAGAAAUCGUCCAAAUGGUAGAGUUAGGAAUACAAGAAGCUGUGAAUGUUAGUGGCAAUCACAAAGCUGCUCAGUGGCUUGAGGAAUGGCUGGAUAUAUUUCUGUAUAAUACGAGUCUUGAGGAUGACGUCUUUCUAGGCUCGCGCACAUGGCCAUAUCUGAGCUCUUGUGGAAAUGCUUCUCUUGCCCUGGGCUCCACCCUCUCCCUAAGCGGAUGGAAACAACAACUCAAUAAUUUUCGGUUUCGUCACUCCCUAGAUAUCAAGUUAGAAGAUGCUAUCACUUGUUUUUCAUAUGCGGCAGACUUUGUAGAGAUUCGUCUUGAUCGCUUUAUCCAGGAGGGUGGCAACCGCGCUCUGAAUCACAUAGGGCGCGCCAUCUCUACGAUAUCUCUCUGUAUUGAUCACCAAAUCGACCUUCUGUUUCGAUAUAAUGUUGAGAAUAAUGAAGUUGUUCCCGUCAUGGGUAUCAAGGAUAGGCAAUCAGUACGAAGGUUUCUACUCCAGCAGGUGGGGGACUGUCGAAACCCCAAAAGCAGAGAAAUUCUGAACUUUUGGUACAAUUCCAAGUUUGUCCCUUACGUCAAGUGGAAUUUAAUUUGUGUCGGAUACCUUUGGGCUGCUCUAACUACCACUACGCUCUUGGCGCCCACGAAAUUUAUUCUCUGUUUUAAUGAGCACGGACCAGCGAGUGUACUAAAUCAACUCCCAGAGAUGUGGGAGGAGAUAGAAGGGUUUCUGAAUGGCUUGGACGCCCUCUUACAGGACAUCAAGACAAAAAGGAAGACUAAGAAGAAAGGACGGAAAGGGGGUUUCAAGCAUCUUGCAACUAGCGAACCUGUGGCCAAAGAAAUCGAGGAGUACAAUGGCGAAGAAAUUCAGGUUCAUUCCGAAAUUCCAUCUCCAAACGCGGGAAGAGAAAUCAGAAAGAAUAUCUCUGGAACCCUUAUAAAUGAUAUACAUAAACCGGCGAAUUUGGAAAUAAACAACCUUUUGUCGAGUAUACGAAACCCCCUAGAGGUUAACACCAGAGAAUUAAGCAAAACAAUGGCGCUUUCGAGUGCAGAUAAUUCAGGAGUAUCAAAAUCGACUUUCGACGCGGACCAAAAACAAGACGAAGAGACAGAAAAGAAAAAGGCCGAUCAAGCAAAGUUCAGCUGCGAGACAGGAUAUGUAGGGCCGUCUCAUAUUUUGACGGUAAUCAGAAACAAAGACGAGAAGACGUCAGGUCAACCAGCUACUACGAAGAUGACCGACCAAUUAUCCAUCCCUCCCCGCCCCAAAAGCAUUCCUGACAAGGUUAUAAUGAGCACCGAAGUCCCUGAGACCGGAAAGCCCGAUCAUUUCGAUACAACGGUUCUAUCAACGACGGGUGCUGAGCGUUCAGGGUCAGGAAUGAGUAGUGUAAAACCUACUGAGACGGAAGAAAUAUCAAAAGAAAUAUCGAAGGCGGACAUUUACCCGAUAUCAAAUACCCGAAAGGUGAGUAUGAUAUCGGCAUUGUCUACUAAGUUUGAGAAAAAUAGAAAACACGGGGUCAGUCCCGCCGCGGCGGGAUCCCGCAUGCCGGUAGAAUGGAAUGACUUCGACAAAACCGGGCGUGAAAAUAAUUCUGUGCCUCUAGAUACUUUAGGGGCCGAAGUCUCUGGCUCAAGCAAAGAUAAUUAUCUGGUGAUAAAUAAUAAAGGAGAGAAGGUUCUGUCGCCGGAAGAGAAAGAGUGCGUGGACAAUUCGUUCUCCACUCGUUGGGAUGAGCUAGAGAAAGAGCUUAUUCCGAAACAACAGGAAGAAGAGAGGGUCUUAGGUGUAGAAAGGCCAAAGGAAGAUGCUCAGGAGGAGGAACAGCGUAUAAAUUCUCUGACUGAAAGAACAAACGGGAAACAUAAUGUCUCAACAGCCGUGGGUACUACCACAGCAAUCGUUACCGAUUGCUCGACUACACUCGUGAGUCCUAAAAGUCUUAUCUCAGCCAAAAAUGACAAAACUGAGGUAUAUCUCAAGAGAACACCAACAAAAUAUUCCCAAGAAAGGAAGCAAGUAUCGACACCAACAAGGCAUCGUAAAGAAACGAAGCAGGCAUCGGUAGAAUUUCGGGACAGGACAGAGAAUCAGUCAUUAAUGAAUAACAUGCCUGAUACGUCUCCCCUUGGCGCAAGAUGUAACGGGAAACGAUCUCCUAGGUUUAAGGGCCAUGAGUUAUUUCACACGAUGGUUACGCCAGAGCAACAUGUUAAUGGGUUUGGUAAAGCCCUCUCUCCGCUCAGGAACAAAGAUGAAGGGGCUUUAGGGGAAUCACUACCGUGCUCAGCAAGGGCACCAGUAAAGGUGGGGGAUCCUGAUACUGUCUUUAUCGCACCUCUUACUGAGCCUCGCCAAGUCUUAUUUCCUAAGAAAAGUGACGAAACUGAGAGUGAUUUGAAGAAAUCGCCGACAGGCUCGCGUUCAACGCGAAUGGAAGAAGGGGAGCUAGAGCAAUGGGAGAGAUUAUCGGACUUCGAGGACUCAAACCCUAUUGAAAAGGAUUGGAAGUUGAUAAAAAGGCCAGAUAAACGGAGGGUUAAGGGCAAGUCUUUAAAAGCGGUCAUGUCCCUGGCGAAUAUUAAACCUUCUCGGAAUAUUGAUUCUUCUGGGAAUUCAAUUAUUUCUGAGAAACCAAAGCCUCGGGAAAACACAAAGCUUUCUGAGAACACCAGGCCUUAUGUGACUUCCAAGCCUUCUGAGAACCACAAAGUUUCGGAGAAACCCAGGCCCUCUAAGAACCCAAAGCUCUUGGAGGAACCUAAGCCUUCUGAGACUCCCAAGCUCUCGGAGAAGUCUAAACCUUCUGAGGAUCCAAAGCUUUCUAAUAAGUCUAAGCCUCCAAAAAAUAGAAUACAGAGCUUAAAGUCGCUGGGGGCGACACAGAAACUUGAGGAGGGAAGGUCCAAUAAAUCUUUGAGAGUUGAGGUAAAGCAGGAAGCGAAGGAUGUAAUUUUGAGGGAUGACAUAACUGAAGAAAGUAUUCCAGACUCUGUUACUGAAGAGUCUGGGGGAGCUAAGUUGCCCUUGUCUGAAGUACGAAGCUCAGAAAAGCAUUCCGAGAGGCAAAAAGUUCCCCCCAGGCAGACAAACUCACAAGCUCUUGAAAAGAAGGAUUGGGCUUCUAUCAUCUCAAAAUACGAAGCUGAAGGACGUAGAUUAGGGGCAAAGGUGACACAAACUAAAGCACCUAAGAAGGUACCAAGCGUCCGAGACCAAAUUAUUGAAAAUAUAAAGCAACCGGAGGCAGAAAAACCACAAAUAUUAUCUAUUAUAAUACCGGAGGGCUGCAAAAUAUUUUCAAGUAUAACUAAAUCUACUACAGACGGCGAGGGAAAAACGGAAACAGCGCCUGAAAUAAAUCUCUCGGGGUACCCCCCGCCUGUCAAAUCCACUACGCCGAUUCACGCCGAGCCUGUUCAAUACAAACCUACAUAUACAGAAGCCAAAGAAGUCGACUUACUAGAUAUUAUAUACCCCGCUCCAAAGAGCGAAGGGAGAGACAGAAUAAGGCCUGAGAAGCAUCUCUGGGGCUGGCCUUCAGUAAAGAAAUCUACAACCCCGACUUCCCCCAAACCAGCUGUUCAAGACAAAGGCACAGACGCGAGAGAAGUCAAUCCGCUAACCAAUACAUACGCGGCAACUCUAAAUAGUGAAGGAAAAAGGGAAAAAGGACCUGAGAAGAAUGCCUGGAGCUGGCCUCCCCUAGUAAAGAAAUCUAUAACCCCAAUCUCCCCCGAGCUAGUUCGAUACAACGUUACAGGCUCCGAAGGAGCCAAGCCGCCAGACAAUACAUUUCAGCGACAGUUAAGUACUGCGGGUGCAGAAGAUGUCAUCACAAAGACGCAUAGAACGCCCUCAAAAGAACAGCGGCAAGAAUCAGAACACUACAUGGCACUCUUUGAAAAUCGAUCGAAACAUGAAAACACAUUGCGCACAAAAGAAAACCAAACCAAAUCCAGUAUCGAUACCCCAACCGGGGGAAAAACGCAGCGAGUACAAAAGCAGUGUCACCCACAAGCAGAAGUGGGGGAUCCCUCGAACACGCAGGUAACCGUUGAAUCUCUAGUACAGAAGGUAUUGAAUCCAAAGAAAGUUUCUUGGGCCCAACAAAGCCCCGAUUUGCAACCGGCAACUCCUAAGAAAGAAAAAACGGAACAUAUUUCUACAAAGCAAAAACCCCAUAAAUCUCCAACAAUCGGAAAAGCAGUCGAACAUGAAGCUAUUAUCGAGAAAUUAAAAAGAGAUAUGCUAGAUAAAGAACAUGAAGCAAUUAUCGAGAAAUUAAAGAGAGGGAUACUGGAUAAAGAACAUGAAGCAAUUACCGAGAAAUUAAAGAGAGGGAUAAUGGAAAAGGAGCAAGAAUCGGCCUCUUUGCGGAUACGAUUGGAAUUGUACGAGGAGUUGGUCCGAAAAGACAAAACGAUUCGAAUGUUGGAGCAAGAGAUAUCUGGGAGGGAUGCAGUCCUCUUGUUGUGCCAUGCCAGGAUUAGAGAUCUGAUACAGGAUAGAGUUGGACUGGUUACUGAGGCUACAGGAUUACGUUGUUUCAUUGAUAUUCUUACUCAUGGGACGGCAGAAGAUCGUGCAAGAGCUAUGCUAGACGGUCAUAUGUCUGUACAACGUCCACUUUUGAGGUCCGCCUGUGUGAACUCGCUAGGUCAAUUCAUUGAAAAUCGCCCUGUAUUGCGGAGCCCUCCCCACUCCAAUCGCCCCUACACAAACACCGAACACGAUAUUGUUGCCAUAUUAGACGGGAUCAAUCCAAAACUAGACCAACAACCAUUUGUGGAAAUUAAUAACGCUCCUAACAUUGUUCACACGAAUCCUAUCACGGACCACAUAAACCCCAUCUUUCCUACGCUUAAUCUAGCACCGCCUAGUCCCCCGGACAUGGGCCAACAAGUUAGAAACACUGUAACUCAGCAAAUACCUACCUCUGAGCUACAAUUACCGCCGCCUUUACUAGGAAUACCCCCCGGGGGUAUUCAAGACCCAAACUUUCCGUAUGUUUCGGUUGACACAUAUCCACUCCACUCUGGUAGCGGCCCCAAAACCUUUUUGCCAUCCGCUCCACUCCUUCCUCGAAGGCAGGUAGGGGGUUUUGCUCCACGAGAGGAGAAAUCAAAGAACUAUAUGCCAACCCAAAAACGCAAUGUACCAAGCGUGCGAGGACCAUCACCUCUUCGUCCGCUUUCUAACCUUAGAAAGUCUCCUGCCAUCCAUCGCAGAAACUCUUUGCCGCUCAGAAAUAUACGCAGCUCCUCGAACCCAGUUCCUCCUAAAGUACGCUCCCAAAAUCACCAAGACCAACAAAGACGCAGGGACGGAACAUCGCAGAACAGCCCCGCAAAACAAACUCCACCAGAGAGUAAUUCUCUGUUUCCCGGUAAUAUACACGAUAAUGCAAACUUAAUUCCUCCUUCUCAAAACCCUCAACACUACCAAAGACCGGCAGAUGGAUCCUCGCAGAACACCUCCGUGAAAGAAAAUCCCCAGGAUGAGAAUCCCUCACAUUCCCCAGUGAUCGUGAAUGGCUCUUGUCAAAUUCUUCGCCCUAGACACUGA